UCCACAGGUAAUCAAAUGCGCGCUCUAGUUCUGAAUGGACGCUGAAUAGUUGGUCGGCCACGCAUCCGCAUCUUUUAUCUUUUGCUCCGGUAAUUAUUCGCCUCGAAGUAAUCUUGUUGUCGGGAUUAGGCCGUUCGGUAGCCAGUUAGUGGUAGUAGCAGGUUAUGUCAUAAAGUCGCGAUAAACACCUCACGGUCCGUGGUUAGAUGAGCUGCGUCCGCAAAACCAGAUUCGUGUCGUCCGUUCCGUUCGGGGAUGAGAGCGAGCGCAAUGCCGUGCUGUCGAGAUCUCGGGCUGGCUCGAAAGAUUUAAGACGUGACCCCAGUGCAUGGAUCGUUCUGCUUACCACCACGAGCGUCGGCUCAUUCCAAUGUCCUGGCCAGUGACUGGAUGCUCUCGCGGAGGUUCAGGCCAGUGCACCAAGGCUAAGAUACAAAGAGAUGUUGGAAUGCACCGUGCAUCCGGAUGCUGCAGCAGCCUGAAUACGUCGGGAAAGAAGUGGCCCCAACGUUGGGCUUAGCCCGGUGACUGGUGACAACACGUGCUGGCGAUCUGCUUCGGUGCAAUUCAAUAGAGUGCUCGCUUUUGUUUAAAUUUGAGAAAUUUGAAAUUCAAAACGCUAAAAGGUCACUUGCCUUAGAAACAAGCUGAAAAUGAAAGAAACGCUAAUUAAACUUAGAAAACUGGAAAAGUUCGCGGCCAAGAAGCCAGUAGAGGUCGAAAUGGGUGUUUUGUGGUACUCGAACGCGGAAUCAUUGUCUAACGUGGUGUACUGUCGCUUGCGGGCUAAGCACUCGUCGUUAGGGAGUUGCAAAGAGAGUGAUCAAUGAAAGUAUCUGUUUUGCGUGAAGAAUGGUGUUUUGACUGUGUGACCCGCUUGAUUGUGCCUCCCCCGAGAACGAUGCCUGAAAUCGUCUGAUCAACAAUUAGUGCAGGCUGAACCAAAAUGCGGAAGACUCUCUCAAAUAUUUGCAUGCUUUUGGUGUGGAUGCUAAACCUGAGAUCCAGCUUAUGCUUAACUUCAGCAGUACUUUGCUCACGAAUACCCGGUUUGUCGCCAGCUCAACGAGAUUUAUGCAUUGAGUCCCCAGAUGCAUUGAUAGCAUUAGCUUCAGGACGCUUUCUAGGGGUGCAAGAGUGCCAACACCAAUUCAAAGGCCACCGAUGGAACUGCACGGAAGCUUGGCAACGUGAGGUGUUCGGCCAUGUAAUACCUGUUGGAUCCCGUGAAGCAGCCUUCACAUAUGCAGUGGCCAGUGCUGGUGCCGUCCAUGCAAUCACUUCUGCCUGUGCCCGGGGUAAUAUAUCGCUUUGUGGAUGCGAUAGAGCCCAUCGUAAUUCACACUCCACACGAAAUCAUCAUGUCCGCCAUAUGUGGCCAGUAACAAACGGUGGUAGUAACCGACCAUGGAAGUGGGGAGGUUGCUCAGCCGACAUAAAAUUUGGUAUGAGUUUUGCACGGAGGUUCCUGGAUGCGCGCGAAAUCGAAGGUGACGCGCGCAGUUUGAUGAAUUUACACAACAAUCGAGUUGGUAGGAAGAUUGUGAAGAAUCUCCUGCGAACUGACUGCAAAUGCCACGGUAUCAGUGGUUCAUGCGCCAUGAAAACCUGCUGGAAGAGCCUGCCGCCCUUUCGCGUAAUAGGCAGCGCCCUGAAAAAGAAAUACAAUCGAGCCAAGCUCGUGCAGGCGGUCAAGGAGAAAACUGGAUUAAGUUUAGUUGUAAGCAAAGCAAACAAUCAUACAAAGAACGCUAAGAAACGCCCGCGGCCGAAACGCGUGGAACUUGUAUAUAUUGAAAAGUCUCCCAACUACUGCGAGCGAGACCUGAACGUGGGAUCGUUGGGAACUACGGGUCGUAGCUGCAAUAAGACAGAUCGCGGGGUCGAAGGAUGCGACUUCCUGUGUUGCGGCAGAGGCUAUAAUACGUAUCAAGUUAAUAAGACUUGGCAAUGUCGUUGCCAGUUUCAGUGGUGCUGCACUGUGCACUGUGAUAUUUGCACUCAACUUACCAGAGAUUACAUUUGUAAAUAGAAUUAUUAGUUUUAGUGUUUGAAAUUAGAUUCACGGUAGUUUCCUAGAAAUGCGACUGUAAGUUUAACUAUGUAUUCUAGAGUUUUCUAAUAAAAAUAUGUAUUGCAAGGA